AUGACGGCUCCAACCCAGACUCCUCCACUUGAUAAUAAUACCUGCUCCUCCGAGACCAGCGGCAGCCAGAACGGACUCGUUCGGCACGCCGCGGCACCGUAUCCAACUACCUUGGAGAUGCCUUCCAUGGAUCCCACGCUUCCAGGUGGCUCGGGCUUCUGUGCGGCCGUAAUCGCCUUGAGGAAAGCUGCCAGUCGUGCGCCCGCGAAGCAGACAUUGUCCGUCGCGACCCUAUUAACCAACCACGACGUGAUCGGCAGCGAUGGUGGCGGUCUUGCCCCGGCCGACGAACUCUCACGCGGCUUCGGUCAGUCGCGGCUCUACCAGACAUUCGUGCACCACUUUCAGGGCUUGGGAUCUUGGUCCUCGUCAUCCCCGUCUGCCGAUAGAUCCUAUUCCAAGUUAGAAUCUCGGCUCAUCUCUGGCGUCCAGUUGUUCUUCCUGCGGCUUCUCUCUGAAUGGCUUCUUCAGAGACGAACACUUCGGGUCGGAGGCUUGCUCGUUAUCGUCUGCUUUGCUCUCUCGGCAUUGCGCUUCUCUGCCUUUUUUUUCACGGAAGGCACGCAGUGGCUGGGUAGAAAGGACUAUGGAUCCAUGCGGUGGCGCCCUGUCUCAGUUUUUCCUCGGGUGCAGAAUUCCGUAAAGGUAUCUAUCCUGAGAGAGCUGUUGGGGGGAGGAAAUCGUUUCGCCGUUGCUAGCAUUCACCUCCUUCCUUGUCCACCUUUUGUCGCUGGCAUCCACAUUGAGAAUGAAGCCGCCUUGGACUCAUACUCUAAGUCGAACCCAAUCACGGUCUGGAUCUUGCCAUUCUAG